AUGAACAAAACGCCUGUGAUAAAUCAUCUUCGUCACUCGCCGGAUGUGGGUCUACGGUCUUCCUUUGUUGGACUUUCAUCGCAUCGAGAAAAGGAUGGAGUGCUGUACGUGGACCUGCAGGUUAACGGGAUGCUCGAUCGAGAAACCAAAUCCUUCUAUGAAAUCGUUCUGGCAGCGUUCGACGGUGGUCUACCCCCGUUGAACGGCACGAUGACAGUCAAUGUGAAGAUACAGGACGUGAAUGAUAAUCAGCCGAUUUUCAAUCAGAGUCGAUACUUUGCCACCAUUGGCGAAAACGCCACCAUCGGAACGUCCGUCUUGCAGUCGGUGGAAAAGGAGCGAGCGAGCGAGCGAGCGAGCGAGCGGGCGGGCGUGCGAGCAAUCCUUGAAUCAAUCGUCUUUGCGACGGACACCGACACUGGCCCCAAUGCGGCCAUCACGUACUCGAUGAACCGGCGUCACAGCGACCGCGAAGGCAUGUUCGCCAUCGACGAGCGGACGGGCGUGAUCAGCGUGAGCAGGCCACUGGACUUCGAGACCAAGGACGCGCACGAACUGGUGGUGGUGGCGAGGGAUAACGGGGCUCAGCCGCUGGAGACGACUGCAUUCAUCAGCAUCCGUGUCCUUGACGUGAAUGACAACCAGCCCACCAUCAACCUCAUCUUCCUCUCGGACGACGCCACUCCCAAGAUCAGCGAGGAUGCUCAACCCGGGGAAUACGUCGCCCGCAUUUCCGUCAACGACCCCGACAGUGACAUCCAGCAUCAGCAGCCAACACCGGCCGUGUCCUCGUCCAGCAGUGGGGAUGCCGUGAAUGUGACGCUGGAAGGCGGGGAUGGACACUUUGGGCUGACGACGCAGGAUAACAUCAUCUACCUGGUGAUCGUUUCGAAGCCGCUGGAUCGGGAGUUGAAGCCCAACUACACGUUGGUGGUGACGGCAACAGACCAGGGCAGUCCCCCGCUGCACGCGUCACGCAGCUUCCAACUCCGCGUCACAGACAUGAAUGAUAAUGCGCCCGAGUUUGCGGAGACGCUGUACUACGCCUCGGUCCUCGAGGUGGCUGAUCCGGGCACGUCGGUGUUUCAGCUCACAGCCUCGGAUCGGGACCAGGGCCGCAACUCGGUGGUGCACUACUCGAUCCUGUCGGAGGGCAGUGCUGAUGGCAACAGUAGCCGGGGUGCCCAUUCCAACUGGUUCCACAUCCACCCGCGAACAGGGCUCAUCACGACGAGGACUCACAUUGACUGCGAGACGGACCCGAUUCCGAGCAUCACGGUCAUGGCAGUGGACGGUGGUGACCCGCCCUUGUCUUCCUCCACCACCGUACUCAUCACCAUCCGCGAUGUCAACGACAACGAGCCGAUCUUUGACCAGAGUUUCUACAAUGUGUCGGUCAAGGAGAACCAACCGGUCGGAACCUGCAUUCUCCAAGUAUCUGCUUCAGAUCCGGACUGUGGCGUGAACGCAAUGGUGAACUACACCAUCGGAAUGGAGCGAGGAUUUGGCAAGUUCCCUGAGUUCUCCAUCGAACCAACGAAUGGACAAGUUUGCUUGGCGGGCAACCUAGAUCGUGAAGUGCGGCAUACGUACGAGUUUCCGAUCGUCGCAACUGACCGAGGGGGACUGAGCACGACGGCCAUGGUAAAAGUGCAAGUGGAGGACGUGAAUGACAAUGCACCGGUGUUCUACCCGCGGGAGUACAACGUGAGUCUUAGAGAGGGCACGGCCCCGCACACGCCGGUAGUCGUGGUCGUCGCCUCAGACCCUGACUCCGGCCAGUUCGGGGCUAUCCGCUACCGCAUUCAAGGAGAUGAUCACGACGGUCUCUUUCGCGUUCACGACACCACUGGCGAGUGUGCGAACAGGUUUGGAUUGGUCAACGGUGGGUGCGUGAUCCGAAAUCUCGUCAGCCCACUUUUGUUUGAUUUUGACCUAGCCGAACAGGCGGAAAAGAAUCAUGGCGCUAAAUUUUAUCGUGGGCAUAAUAUCUCGUUCUUGGUUUCAUUGCUGUUCUGCAUCAGGAAAGUGUUCCUGACGGGUGGCGGAGAGGCUUUGCGGCGACUAGCGCGCACCGAAGAAGGUAUCCGCCUGAACGUGUCCGCCACGGAUGGUGGCGGGCUCAGCGCCACGCUUCCCGCCCAAGUCACCCUGUCCAUCAUCGGGCCGAAUCAGAAACCACCCGUGUUUCGUCAACCGCGCUAUUCUUUCGAAGUGCCAGAGGAUGUCUCGAUCGGGACUCAAGUUGGCUCCGUCGCAGCCACAGCGUCCAAUACAGGGCACGGAUCGGUGCGGUAUUCCGUGUACAACGGUGACCCCAACGGCUAUUUUACCGUUGACCCGGUGUCUGGGAUGAUCUCAACCAAGUCGCGAUUGGACCACGAAACGCAACCGUUUGUUCUUCUCAACAUUCAGGCAGCUUCCGGAAAUCCGUCGUCUUACGGUCACACACAGGUGAACAUCACUAUUGGGGACGUGAACGACAAUUCGCCCGAGUUUGACGGAGUGUCGGUGAGGAUUUCGGUGCCGGAGGAUGCGGACACGACAUCUCGGACAGCCCUGUAUGCAGUGCAUGCGCAGGAUGCGGACGAUGGUGCCAAUGGACGAGUGCGCUACAAGCUGGUGGACGGGAAGCCGAGCUACGGGCUCGAAGCCUUUCGAGUUGACCCCGAAUCGGGUGUCGUGACGCUCGUUCGCCCCCUCGAUCACGAAGUCCAGGCGCGCUACGAUCUCUCUGUCCUCGCCACGGAUUUGGGUGUCCCUCCAUUGUCGGCGUACCUGCAGCUUCGCAUCGACGUCCAGGAUGUCAACGACAACGGGCCAGUUUUUAAGCAGACUCGGUACGAAGUGAGCGUGCCUGAAGGACUCGCGAUGAAUGCACACGUGGUGCAGGUAGAGGCAGAAGACGAGGACAGCGGCAACAACGCACGGAUGACUUAUUCCAUCGUCCAAUCGCAGCACCCGCGCACCUUUGGGGUUUUCCCGAAUUCGGGGAUAGUGUACCUCGUCGGAGAGUUGGAUCGGGAGAACGAGACGAGCUAUGAAAUCACGGUAUUGGCAACUGACAACGGGUCGCCUGAACGAUCCAGUUCCGUCGUGGUGGCCGUGACUGUGACGGACGUGAACGACAAUGCCCCGCACUUUGCCCAGGACGUCUACCAGUUCACGGUGGAAGAAGGACGAAAGGCUGGGACUCUGGUGGGCUCCGUGUCCGCCGUCGACCCGGAUUCUGGCCCGAAUGCCACUCUCACUUACGUACUGCUCCAUUCCAAUCGCACGUUCGUCAUCAAUUCCCGCACUGGACAAUUGUCGUUGGGACUGCCGUUGGACCGAGAACGACAGCCUGUUUACGAGAUCCAGGUGGAGGCGCGGGACCAGGGUUCUCCACCCUUGUUCUCGCGCACGACUGUUCGCGUGCUCGUCACCGACAUCAACGAUCACGCGCCCGAAUUCCUGGGCUUGAGUGCCAUGACUGCGCAAAAUCCCACGAGUCGCGGUGACCGUCGACGUCUGGAGGUGUCCAUCCGAGAGCAACAGCCCAUUGGCACUCAGGUCACCCGUAUUCAGGCCAUUGACCGAGACGAAGGCCCGAACGCCACGAUUUCCUUCCGCUUGAAGCCGGGGGACGCGGAAUUCGGAGGCUCAAUCGUCAAAGGUGCACUGGACGUUUUCGAGAUUGACGCCGAGACGGGGGUUGUGCGGACAAGGAAGGUGCUGUCCCACGCGGGCAACGACGGGUUCCGCCUCCUCGUCGAGGUUGGCAACGAAGACGGCCACUUCGUUGUGGAACCCGCGACCGGGAUGCUGCUCACGGCCCGCACCCUGGACCGCGAACUUCGAGCCGAGUUUCUUCUCGAUGUUGUGGGUGUGAGUGAUCAAGUCCGUGGCGGCGCCCGUCGCAACUCUGUCCGCGUUCAAAUCCUCAUUGCCGAUGUCAACGAUAAUGCGCCGGUGUUCGACCGAGACCCGGUCGUGUUGCGAGUGAGUGAAAGUGCCGGCGUCGGCACGGUCGUGGGAAACGUGACUGCGGAAGAUGCGGACGACGGACCGAAUGGCGAAGUCGAGUACGUCUUGUUGGCCCAGUGGCCCGCGGACCGAUUCGCCAUUGACGCGGCGACUGGCCGUGUGACAGUGCGGGAACUGGUGGACUAUGAGCUUGUUGCCGAAUACACGCUCGUCGUUGAGGCCCGGGACAAGGCCCGAAACCCCGGCAAGCGCCUGCGCGCCUCACAGACUGUUCGAAUCCUCGUGACCGACGCCAACGACCACGCUCCGGCCUUCCUCGAGCCGGUCGACAGCGUGGCUGUGCUCGAAGACGAACCCGUGGGAUUCCCGCUCAUUCAUUUCCGAGCCGUGGACGGCGACGCCGGCGAAAACGGGCAUCUGCGCUUCAGCAUCGCGUCCGGAAACUCCAACGGCGCCUUCCGAAUCGAUGCCGAGACGGGGCUCCUGUGGCUGGACGCGGAGCUGGACCGAGAAACCGUGCCUGUGUACUCCCUGAACGUUACGACGACGGACGGGACGUGGACCGCGAGUCACUCGCUGACUGUGGAAGUCCUGGAUGUGAAUGACAAUCGGCCGCAAUUUACGCGUCGGCGAUUCUUUGCCAACAUUUCCGAGGAUGCUCCCGUGGGCACGUUUGUGUUCCGAGUCGAGGCGCACGACGUGGACCAAGGCGAGAACGGCAACCUGACGUUCGUGCUGCCUGAGGGACUGCCGGAGUCUGCGUCGUUUCGGAUCAACGGGAAGUCGGGCGAGAUCUUCACGGGUGAGCCCAUGGAUCGGGAGGUGCGUGCCGUCACCGAACUGACCGUGUUUGUGCGCGAUGGCGGGAACCCGCCGUUGUUUGACGUGGCCACCGUCGUCGUGUCCCUGCUCGACAUCAACGACAACGUUCCGACGUUCACGGCCAGUUCCUGCGGGCAACUCCACGUGCCCGAGAACUCGGCGCCGGCCGUCGUGCACACCGUGCUGGCCGUGGACGCGGACUCGGGCGCCAGGAACGGACUCGUGACGUACUCCAUCACGGGCGGGAACGAGGGCAAGGAGUUCCGGAUGGACGCCGCCACGGGCAAGUUGAGCGUGGGCGGACUCGACCGCGAGACUCGACAGAGAUACCGACUGGAGAUCACUGCGCGGGACGGCGGGUCCCCGUCCCUGGCCGCCACUUGCAACCUCACCGUCCACGUGUUGGACGAGAACGACAACGACCCCGUGUUCCCGCAGCCGCGCUACCAUGCCACCUUGCCCGAGGACGCGAUGCCCGGCUCGUCAGUCAUCCACAUCCGUGCCUCGGACCUGGACGCGGGCCUCAACUCGCGCAUCACCUACUCCUUCACCAACGAGACCCAUUGGCUCUUCGCCAUCCACAACGAGUCCGGUCUCAUCACGACGGCGGGGGCUUUCGACCGGGAGAAGCAGGGCGUUUAUUCGUUUCAUGUGCGUGCGACUGAUGCGGGCCAGUACAAUGCUCGGUGGGAAGAGGUGGAGGUGCAGGUGACGAUUUCGGACGUGAAUGACCACGCGCCCGAGUUCACCGAGUACCCGUUCAGCGCGCAGAUCCAGUCCAACGUGGAAAUCGGACAGCAACUCGUCCGAGUAGCCACUCACGAUCCUGAUGACGGAGUCAACUCACUCGUCACCUACAGGUUGGCCAGCAAGAGCCCGCUAUUUGACAUCGAGCCGGACACGGGCGUGAUACGGGCUGCGUCUAGUUUACGCAGUGAGUCGGGCAAGUUGUUUCAGCUGGAAGUAAUUGCAGUGGACGGAGGGAACCCGUCCAACUCGGCGACCGGACUAGUCGAGGUGCGUGUGGUCGGAUCCGCCGUGGAAGAGGCGGUGGCCCGGUCUCGCUCGCCGACCAUCCGAUUCACGUCGCCGUCCUACGAAGUCAGUCUGGACGAGAAUGCCGUUCCGGGACGUGAGGUGGUUCAGGUCUCUGCUGUCCGAUCCGAUGGCCGUCGCCAGCGCAUCACGUACCGUUUCGGGCGUGGCAACGAAAACAACGCCUUUGAAAUCAACGCCAACAACGGGCUCAUCCGAGUCCGGGAUUCCGAGUUGCUCGACCACGAAUUGGAUCCGGAAAUAAGAUUAAUAGUGAUGGCGCGGACUGAUGGAGAGGACCCAGUGUUUGGCUACGUGGCCGUGACGGUGCGACUCGAAGACGUGAAUGACAACACGCCGCGGUUCACGCAGAAUGAUUACUCGGCGGUGGUGUGGGAGGGCCACGCCAAGGGAGCGUUCGUGACGCGGAUCCUGGCGACGGACCGUGACUUUGGCCAAAACGCGCGCUUGUCCUAUCACAUCGUGGAUGGCAACCAGGACAAUGCGUUUCUCAUCGAGCCGCCGUAUUCCGGCGAGGUGAAGACCAACAUCGUGCUUGACCGUGAGAUCCGCGACUCCUACCUCCUGACUGUCAUCGCGACGGACGAAGGAAGCCCGCAGCGAACGGGCACCUGCACCCUCAAAGUGAAUAUUGUUGAUGUGAACGACAAUCAACCGACAUUCCCGCCAACCUCGCUUGUAUCAAUCUCGGAGGGGGCCCAAGUCGGUACCGUGGUCAUGACCGUCACUGCGAACGAUGUUGAUACUAGCCCCACCUUGACGUACACUUUCGUGGAGUCGGAGGAAGAGGCAGCCAGGGGCGACGUGGAAACGUUCUCCUUGGACCGUUUCACUGGUCGAUUGCUCCUAGUCCGUGCGUUGGACUUCGAGUUGAAGCAGUCGUACCAGUUGCAGAUAUCCGCCUCUGAUUCCGUCAACACCGCGACGACGAUUCUCACCGUCCAAGUGCAAGACGACAACGACAAUCCGCCGCAGUUCCUCGCUCUGGCAUACAUGGCUUCUAUCUCGAUGAAUACGAAACCCGGAACAUCCAUCGCUCAAGCGAGUGCAACGGACCGAGAUGCCGGAGAGAACGGGAGGAUCAGGUACAGUCUUAAGCGGAAUCGGUGGUCAGACAUGUUCCACAUCGACCGGGACACGGGCACGCUGUACGUGAACAAGACUCUCAGUCGCGGUGCGAAGCCGCAGUCCCGUUCCGCCAUGCCACGGACCCCGUUGCCGUCCAUCAUGCGACUCAUAGUUGUGGCCAACGACGGCGGCCGGCCGACUCUGUCAGCCGCCGUUCCCGUCCACGUCGUCAUCAAACGUGCCUUUGCCGGAGUCGGCAAGCUCUCAUUCCCCAAGAAGACCUACUCGCUGGAAGUGGAGGAAAACACGCCCAAGGGCUCGAUUCUUAUGAUGCUCGAGGUGGGAGAGUCGCAUUCCCUUGGACUCAACACGGAUCUCUGCUGCAUCCACUAUUGGCUCAACAAUUCCUCCUCCGUCAUGGACACGUUCCAGAUCAUGAGCUCGAGUGGGGAGUUGGUCCUGCUCAAGGACUUGGACCGAGAGGCGCAGCAGAACUACAGCAUCGUUGUGUCCGCCUGCGACCGUCGAUACCCGGACGACACGGCCUCGACGCGGGUCACCAUAAGCGUGAAAGACGUGAACGACUCCCCGCCGACUUUCGCCCACAGUGCCGUGAACGUGUCCGUACCGGAAUCAAUGGCAGAGGGCGCGUUGGUCGCCAAGCUGUCCGCCAUCGACGCGGAUUCGGGCAGUUUCGGGCUGGUAUUCUACGACAUUCUGAGUGGGAAUGACGUCGGGCUUUUCCGCAUUGACAACCGAACCGGGGAGGUGUACCUCAACGGGAAACUCGAUUUUGAGACGGAAACGCAGCAUCGGUUGGUUGUACGAGCCCGCGACGGGAAGAACGGGACGCGGGCCUCACUGUCCACCCUGACAAUCGCUGUCGAGGACGAAAACGAGUUUGGACCCGAAUUUCCCACCAAGAUCUUCCACGCAUUCCUGGCGGAAAACGCUCGUCCAGGCUCAGAAGUGACGCAGCUCCGCGCCGUGGACGGUGACACUGGGCAGUACGGGAAAUUGAACUACUCCCUAGCAGAAUCUAACUCGUGGGACUCCAACUGGUUCACGAUUCAACCGGAAAGUGGCGCUAUUUACAGUCAGAAAGUGAUGGAUUACGAAGACGGACGUUUGUACACGCUGGUUGUCACUGCGAUGGACCCAACCGGUGCUUCGGCUUCUGCCAAAGUCGUCGUUCACGUGGAAAGCCGAGACGAGUAUCCACCCGAAUUCAUUCAAGAUCACUACGCAUUCGCUGCUCCCGCCGAGAUCCCGGCGGGGUAUGUUAUAGGACAAGUCCAAGCGACGGACCAGGACAAGGGCGUGGAUGGAGUGGUCAUCUACGAUGUAGAUUCCCAGCUGGAUUCAGGAUUCGGAGUGAAUGUCACGACCGGUGCAAUUGUCUCCAAGCGGUCCAUGUCUCUUCCCGACGGCUCCGAAGUGAAGAUGCGGGUCAUCGCGUCUUCAGGUCAAGCCGGAUCGCUCAAGGGCCACGCGACAGUGAACGUGAAAGUUGACAAGAACCUGAGUGUUGUUGGUCUAAGUUCCAAGGCCGACGCGGCUCUCGAGGCUGCACUGGCCCCCUGGGCUUUGGCUCUGGUCAUUAUUCUCGCCCUGGUGGCAUCGAUCUUGUUCGCUGCGAUUCUGAUCCUGCGCAUCCGGUCCGGCGCGCGGAAGAGACACAAGCCGCAGGGCGGGGCAACUGGUGCUGGCAGCACCGUGGGUGGCACUGGGCCCGGGGACCAUCACUACGACACUGCAUUCGAUCCUUUGGACAUGUGCGGCGGGUCCGGUGGGUUGUGCCCCGCAGGGGCCCUGGACGGAUCCGUUGACCACGGGAAUCCGUACAGUCUCAGUUUCGGCAACGAAUUCAACGUGACGGCGGCCUACGAAACGGCGUCCGGAGCCGGAUCAACGCUGAAGCACCAUUUACACCUUCACCAUCCCGUCGUUGUAGGCGGUACCUCAAACCAGUCCGAGGGAAGCCUAAGCGGGUCGGCGAGCAGCGGGCGCGGAUCCGCCGAAGAGGGUGACGGGGAUCCGGAGGACGCCGAAAUCCGCAUGAUUAACGAAGGUCCGCUACGACUUUCAAUGCCCGACUCGGGACUCCACGAAGAGGACAACAUGUCUGACACGUCUGCCCAGAAUACUCAGGAAUAUCUGGCGAGAUUGGGUAUCGUGGAGAACAGUGCUCAGGGAUCAGAGCAUGGAGGCCGGAAACUCAGCGACGACCCGCUAGACCAGAGCUUGGAGCACAUGUAUGACAACGGCGUCAGCGGGUCGGAUCAUCACCCAGACAUCUCGCAGUUGCUGGGAGGACCGCGGGGCACCAGCGGGAAUGCAAGCGGGAAUGUGAGCGUGAGCGGCAGUCAGUCGGGCGUUGUUGGAAUCGGCGGCAGCGUGCCUGUGGGACAGCCAUCCAUGACGGGCUCACUUUCGUCCAUCGUGCACAGCGAAGAGGAGCUGACGGGUUCGUAUAACUGGGAUUACUUGCUGGACUGGGGUCCACAGUACCAGCCUCUGGCGCACGUGUUCUCCGAGAUCGCCCGCCUCAAGGACGACUCAGUCCCCGCGUCUUCUGGGGUGAACGGGGGAUCAGGAGCUGCGUAUGGAGCAGGGCCGGCAGGGGCUGCUCCUCCGCCCCCACCGCCGCCAUUGUUGACGUGUGUAGCGCCGCCGUCUGCAGCUCGGGCGGCUCAGGUCCUCCCGCCCAUGGCCCGCUCACCCAUCCACAUUGACGACUCGAAUUUGAACGCGGCGGCCCUGUCGCCAAGUUUCUCACCGGCCUUGUCCCCGCUGGCAACCAGAUCUCCGUCCAUUUCACCGCUGGCAGGACCGUCGCCGUCCGCUACCGCCUCCGUUGCCCGCCAGCGCCAACUCCAACUUCAGAGACAACAGCAGCAGCGGUAUCACCAUACCACGACGCUUCCGCGUGAGCCCGAGUUUCGGAUCUGAUCAACACGCCCUGCAUGAUGGUCGUUCUCCGAAGGAAGACGACGAGGAAAUAUAUAUUUUUAUUUUUGAGGAUUCAUGAAAUCGUGAGUGAGAGGAAUACUGUGCAUGCAUGAGAUGGAAUGGAAUCAUUCCUCCGCGCAGAAUCGACGCAUUCCGCAAGUUUUCCCAAUGUGAGCGGAUUGUUGUUGUUUUUUAUUGUUUUUUUCUCCUGCUGCCGCAUCCGUACUUGGCGCAGUUCGCGGGGUUCUGUGCGAGUCUCAUAUCCGUCUGCUGAGCAACACUUGCCGGGGUUCGUGCGUCGUGGGAAGGGUUGGUUCUCACGUUUUUGAUAAAUUUUUGAACGACGACUUGUUGACUGUGGGAUUGGAAAAACAGGACGUCAGCCUCGCUGGAAUGCUGACGAUUGUCGAGAUCUUCCGUCAUUUCCGAUGCACAUUGCCUUGAAAGACUAGACAGAUGUUGAGUGCUGGUUUCGUGAUGGCCGAUGUCGUUGGUGUCGCCUUAUUUUUAAUUUUUUGAGGGCGUGAAUGAGAAGAAUAGUGUUUGAUGCUCUCGCUUGCAAGAAGAGAUGGCUGUGAAAGCCUUGCAAGCAAUUGGAAAGUCUCGUGUGCCUUCGCGUUUAUAUUCCGUGCAUUUUUGCUCACCUGCUCGUGGAAUCAUCCGUCCGAGACGUUUUCUCAGUCCUUUUGAAGAUUUUUUGUGUGUGUUUGGUUAUUUGUUUUGAUGGGUCUUGCUGCUUGGAAUGAGAAGUGAGUGAUGACCCAAGUGUGAUACUUGAUACAGUUGCCAAACGUCUUCACUUGACAGCGCUCCCAUGGAAGUCUUCAGCGGAGCGUCGCGACCCGUAGCGAGUCUCCCAAGUUUCGUGGUUUCACUCGCUUUCAGCUUUUCGGUUGAAAUCCUGAUCUCGCUGUUCCGCCAUUACUUUUGGAAUCGUGGAUGCCGUCCUUCGACACAUUUACAGGCUGUUGAAGCGCUAUAUUCUCCGUUGCUCGCGUGUUUAGUGGAAGAAUUUUUGCAAGGGCAGGAUUCAAAGCUCUGUGAAUUUCAUAAAGUACUUCGUAACGUGAUCAAGAUGCUCUGAGGUAACCGUGAAGAAGAGACGGGCGAAAGAUGCUGAGGUCGAAGGGUAGGGUAGCCUGUGCAACGCGUAGUGCCGCUGUUUGAAUCUUGUUGCCAUAACUCGUGCCUUGGUUUGUCAUGCUAGUAACACAAGUGCCGUGAUGCCUGUCAGUUCGUUCACGUCGUGCCUCGCAGUAUCCGCCGCCGUUGUAUAGGACGACUCGAUCAUUGUUAUUAUUAUUGCAAUUUUGUGGACUCGGUUCUGGAUCUACAGACUGUAAAUCUUGUUUUUGCGCGAAGGUUUCCGACUUGGCGGAAUUAAAACAAAUGUUUUGGAUAUCAAAAUCAA